AUUGACCACUGCUUUUCCGCUUUCUGCUUUUCCGUUUUCUGCUUAUGCCGUCCGCCUAGUACAGUUGAACACAUAAAUUACUCCAUAAAAAACUCAACACAGACGUUUCGUGUCUCAUAAGUUACAUCUAUCUCGAAAAUUAAAAAAUACAUAGAAGAAUCAGAUAAGAAAAGACCUCCACGGAUCAGACAAAUCAACUUUGAUAACGAUUGCUGCCUGAUACCACUUGUUUGUCUCUCAUCUACUUUUAUCUGUUUUAACUGUUUGUCACACGAGUCAACUGCAAAUAUAAUAAUGGCUGAUGAAAGUCGUGAAGGAGCAAUCAAUUUUGGCGCUGGCCCAGCUAAAUUGCCACACGAGGUUCUAAAAAAAGUGCAGAAGGAGUUGCUCGCAUAUGGAAACACGCAAAUCAGCAUUUUAGAGUUAAGUCAUCGAUCGAAUGAUUUUAAGAAAAUUAUUGAUGAUGCGCAGGCCACUUUGCGAGACAUCCUCAAUAUUCCUGACAACUAUAAAAUCCUGUUCAUGCAAGGAGGCGGUACUGCCAUUUUUGCAGCUAUUCCUCUUAAUAUUAUGAAUACAGGAUCUGCGGAUUAUAUAGUAACUGGCUCAUGGUCAGCAAAAGCGGCAAAAGAAGCGGCGAAAUAUGGAAAAGUGAACUUGGUUUUGUCUGAUAUGACAAAAUACAUAGAAAUUCCGCAUCCCUCCACUUGGAACUUAAACGCGAAUGCAUCAUAUGUUUAUUAUUGCGCUAAUGAAACUGUGCAUGGAAUUGAAUUUGAUUUUAUCCCGGAAACAAAUGGCAUACCACUUGUUGCUGAUAUGUCAUCUAACAUAGUUACUAAACCUUUUGAUGUAUCUAAGUUGUUAGAAAGGAAAUCUAUCUGCCGCCAGUUGAGUUGCGCGGAUCGCAGUGCGUGAAUAUGCGUAAAGGCUGUAUCAGAUUACCGAUUCUGCAGGCUCGACUACAGUACCGAUUCCAGUUGAUCGAUCAUAUUUGUUGAUGUUUGCCGACUGAUUCAACUAUAUAAAAGAGUAAAAUUAAUAAAAUGUAAAAGAAUCACAAAUCUUGGAUGAAUUAUAAUAUCUAUGUUGAAAAAAAUCGAGAUGUAAUACUGGCUAAAUUUCAGAUAUUCUGGCUGACAGAAUCGCAGAAAUAAGAUCAUUCUCGAACUUUAUUUAUUAAUAAUAUUUCCGAAUUGAAUUCGAAUGUUUUUUUUAAUGCCAUCUUUCCCAACUCUCAUGGGAUAUUUACGAACUAUUUUUUCUUAUAUAAUCGCUAAAUCGUUUUACAAAGAGUGUCUUUAUUCAGAACUCUUUAUAUUGACAAUGGUUGUUAGGAAGAAAAUCUAUCUACCGUUAAUCGUUGAGUGAUUAAAUCUUAUAUUUCUUACUGAUUCUGAUUCUGAUUGGAAUUCUGAGUCGCUGAUGAUAUUGACUCGAAAAAUAAACUCAAAUCUAAACGCGAGUUGGUUGACUCAGUCAAUCGGUGUCUCACUAUGAUUAGUCCGCUGAGGAUCAGUUAGAAUCGAGUUGAUCGACAGAGUUGAUGGUCUUAUAUGGGCUUAAAUGUGCACGGCGGUUAUGAAUAAACGACCAAGGAUAUGCACAAUAAGAUUAUGUGUGGAUCGUUAUUAUACAAGAGGUUUUGUACGGUACAAGCUGAUCCCGAUUGUGAAUGAGUCGCAAAUAUGUACAGAUGGGUGCAGACGGGGCCCAUACAAGCAGGUUGUGAAUAUA